AACAAGUUCUCCGGCGAGUUGUUUACAGAGCAGGUGGACCUGACGUCAGCUAGGAGGCUCCCCUGCAAAUCAGAACAACAGUCUACUCCGCGCUUCCCCCUCCCUUAAAGAAGUUGGGGGAGCCGGGGGAGGAGAUAGGUGGAUGGGGGUGACAGGCAUCUUAACCAGCUGGUUCCAAACCACUUUGGGGAUCAACAACAGCAGUCAAUGAUAACAACGCAAAGUAAAACAAAAACAAACAAGUGGCCCAACAGUAUUUCAGAAUCCUCGGAGGCGUCCCUUCAAUCCGCCCGCCCCUCCGAGAAGAGGCGGCUCGGCGCGCAGCGUGUGUACAGUUUGCAUUGCCAACAACACGCGCGCGCGGCCGGGUGCGCGCGGCCGCCAGCGCACACUCACACACAUAGACACACACACAUACACACACACAUACACACUCACUCACACACACACACACAGACACACAGAUCCGGGUGGGGGGAGCGGCAGCGCGAGACAGCGCGAGCCUCCGAGAAAGCGCGAGACACGCCGGCGCGUGCAGCUCUGCGGCGGCCGCAGCGCCCCGGCUCGAGCGCCGCGCAGCCCGCCCUUGAGCGCCGGUCCGGGUUAUUUAUGCGGCGGCCGCGUCCGCCAGCUGCGGCUUCCUCCAGCCCCCACCCCGGGCGCACCCCCACUCGCGGCAGCAGCUGCCAGGAAUCGCGCGUGGGUGUGUUGUUUGGGAGCUUCUGCCUCGGCGCCGCGAGUGCCACCUCCCGGGACGCUGCCCAGGCGUCCUCGGUCGCGAAACGAGAGUAAGAACAUCUGGCGGUUGGACCAACUUUACUGAUCCAACUGCUGACCUUUAUUUACUCAGUGGGGCAAGUGCACGCUUCUGGUCUCAAAGUUAGACACUUCAGCGUACAUUUCACAAGUACUUCUCUGGAAUGGGAGGCGGAGAGGGGACAGUCCUGCUUCUCCAGCGAAGAAACUCCUGGCCCCUAGUGACGCUUCAGGAUGAUCGUGCAUCUCGACUGCUGCCCCCGAUCGCGCCUUUUACCCUGUCCACGGUUAGCAGGAGCCGCUUCACCCGGGAUCAAACAAAUAAUAGAAGUCUGUUGAAGCUUUGUCCUGACCUAUUCUGGAAGUAGAAGAAUACCCUGGAGAAAGGAGCAUUGUAAGCACAAAGAAUAAAACUCCUCAAUACUGGGAGAGAGAAUUAAAGUCUAACCCUCCAUAUGGCUACUCUAAUGUGAUGCUGGGAUUGAAUUUACCUAGGGCUCCAUAUCAAGGUUGACUCGAAAGUCUUGCGGAAGAUCUGGAAGAAAUAGGUAUUAAGUCAUGAUGCAGGAAUCUGCGACAGAGACAAUAAGCAACAGUUCAAUGAAUCAAAAUGGAAUGAGCACUCUAAGCAGCCAAUUAGAUGCUGGCAGCAGAGAUGGAAGAUCAAGUGGUGACACCAGCUCUGAAGUAAGCACAGUAGAACUGCUGCAUCUGCAACAACAGCAGGCUCUCCAGGCAGCAAGACAACUUCUCUUACAGCAGCAAACAAGUGGAUUGAAAUCUCCUAAGAGCAGUGACAAACAGAGACCACUGCAGGAAUUGCUUCCAGAAACAAAAUUAUGUGUCUGUGGCCACUCUUCUGGUGAUGGGCAUCCUCACAACACAUUUGCAGUGCCUGUGUCGGUGGCCAUGAUGACUCCCCAGGUGAUCACCCCUCAGCAAAUGCAGCAGAUCCUUCAGCAGCAAGUCCUGUCUCCUCAGCAGCUCCAAGCCCUUCUCCAGCAGCAGCAGGCAGUCAUGCUGCAGCAGUCAAAAUGGUUUAUUCAGCAACAACUACAAGAGUUUUACAAGAAACAGCAAGAGCAGUUACAUCUUCAGCUUUUGCAGCAGCAGCAACAGCAGCAGCAGCAGCAACAGCAGCAACAACAGCAGCAACAGCAGCAACAACAACAGCAGCAACAGCAACAGCAGCAGCAACAACAACAGCAGCAGCAACAGCAUCCCGGAAAGCAAGCAAAAGAGCAGCAGCAGCAGCAGUUGGCGGCCCAGCAGCUUGUCUUCCAGCAGCAGCUCCUCCAGAUGCAGCAACUCCAGCAGCAGCAGCAUCUGCUCAGCCUUCAGCGUCAGGGACUCAUCUCCAUCCCACCUGGCCAGGCGGCCCUUCCUGUCCAGUCACUGCCUCAAGCUGGCUUAAGUCCUGCUGAGAUUCAGCAGUUAUGGAAAGAAGUGACUGGAGUUCACAGUAUGGAAGACAACGGCAUUAAGCAUGGAGGGCUAGACCUCACUACUAACAAUUCCUCCUCGACUACCUCCCCCACCGCUUCCAAAGCGUCACCACCAAUAACCCAUCACUCCAUGGUGAAUGGACAGUCUUCAGUUCUAAAUGCAAGGCGAGACAGCUCAUCACAUGAGGAGUCUGGGGCCUCUCACACUCUCUACGGCCAUGGAGUUUGCAAAUGGCCAGGCUGUGAAAGCAUUUGUGAAGACUUUGGACAGUUUUUAAAGCACCUUAACAACGAACAUGCUUUGGACGACAGAAGCACUGCCCAGUGUCGAGUGCAAAUGCAGGUGGUGCAGCAGUUAGAAAUACAGCUUUCUAAAGAACGCGAACGUCUUCAAGCAAUGAUGACCCACUUGCACAUGCGACCCUCAGAGCCCAAGCCGUCUCCCAAACCUCUAAAUCUGGUGUCUAGUGUCACCAUGUCGAAGAACAUGUUGGAGACAUCCCCACAGAGCUUACCUCAAACCCCUACCACACCAACGGCCCCAGUCACCCCGAUUACCCAGGGACCCUCAGUAAUCACCCCAGCCAGUGUGCCCAAUGUGGGAGCCAUACGAAGGCGACAUUCAGACAAAUACAACAUUCCCAUGUCAUCAGAGAUUGCCCCAAACUACGAGUUUUAUAAAAAUGCAGAUGUCAGACCUCCAUUUACUUAUGCAACUCUCAUAAGGCAGGCUAUCAUGGAGUCAUCUGACAGGCAGUUAACACUUAAUGAAAUUUACAGCUGGUUUACACGGACAUUUGCUUACUUCAGGCGGAAUGCAGCAACUUGGAAGAAUGCAGUACGUCAUAAUCUUAGCCUGCACAAGUGUUUUGUUCGAGUAGAAAAUGUUAAAGGAGCAGUGUGGACCGUGGAUGAAGUAGAAUACCAGAAGCGAAGGUCACAGAAGAUAACAGGAAGCCCAACCUUAGUAAAAAAUAUACCUACCAGUUUAGGCUAUGGAGCAGCUCUGAAUGCCAGCUUACAGGCUGCCUUGGCAGAGAGCAGUUUACCUUUGCUAAGUAACCCUGGACUGAUCAAUAACACCUCCAGCGGCCUGCUGCAGGCUGUCCACGAAGACCUCAAUGGUUCCCUGGAUCACAUCGACAGCAAUGGGAACAGCAGCCCGGGCUGCUCACCUCAGCCGCACAUACAUUCAAUUCAUGUCAAGGAAGAGCCAGUGAUUGCCGAGGAUGAAGACUGCCCAAUGUCCUUAGUGACAACAGCUAAUCACAGUCCAGAACUAGAAGAUGACAGAGAGAUUGAAGAAGAGCCUUUAUCUGAAGAUCUGGAAUGAGAACUGACUUGUGAAACCUCAGCGUGAAGGGACAUAUCACUGACCUUCAUAACCACUCCACAACCAUGAAUAUUUGACAAAUUUUUACUGUGACUAUUUAUUAAGCAUGGAUAAAGGAGACAGCCCUAAAGGAACUUAUGAAGCCAGCCCUUUGGGAUUCAGUACCAACAGGCAAAUUGCUUGUUUUCUUCUCUCUCUCUCUUUUUUUUUUUUUUUUAGAAAAAAAAGACAAAAACUGAUUUUCUUGAAAAAAAAAAAACUGUUCUUUCUAUAAUGGCUUUGCCCAUUUAAAAAAUGUGGCUCUUAAGGGUUCAUGAAAUGACUGAAUAUGAGGAUACACGUCCUGUAGAAAGCAAACGCGCCUCAUAUACUGCCAAAAAUAGUGUUAGUUUCAUUAAUGUGAAUUUUCCAGCAUUCAGUAGUUGUAAUGUUAGAAACAAUUGCUGGUCAAGUUCAACUUGUUGCUAUUGUUUUUAAUUUGCACAGGAGUAGUAUCAGAAAUUAGUGUCACUGCUUGUAUCUAGCUGAAUUUUAAACAACAGAACAUUAGUUUUUUAUGUUGGUGCCACCAACUGUAAAUGACAUAAGUUAGUUAUUACAAAACACAGUAAUUAGACUGUUGCAACCAUCUAAAACCUUAGGCUUCCAGUCUGUGCUGUUAGUGUUAAGAUGUAAAGUGCAAUCCUAAGCUAACAUUAUCUGUGCAAGCACCAUAGAAACAUUUGCAUAUCUGCAUAGAUCUUACAACUGUACUCUUUACCUCCUUGUGAUAAAGCUUUGUCUACCUGCAAACACAGUCAAAGGCUACAGCUGCAAACCAAAGCCAACUCUAACCAUGGCCAAGAGCUCAAGGACAGAAGCAGCCACAUGCUUUGGUCAGCCUUCUGUAACUUCAAUUAGUACAAAGGAACCUUUUCCAUGAACUACCUGCUGUUUUCUGAUGACCUCUGGGAUCUUUUCAUUUAGCCCUAAAGCAAGAAUCAAAUAUGACAAAAACCACAACUAAAAACCUAAUUUAGACACAGAGUAAUCUUCUGAGGCCAAAAGUCCAUCUAAAUGCAAUGAAGAUUUGCUUUCAUUAAAGACAGAGGUGAGGACAAAAUCUGCAGUGGAAGUUAUGAUAUGCUAGAAAGCAACAAAUGUGGAUCACUGACCAAAACGAUUAUGUACUUGAUGCAAAUGCAGAUUGCAUAUUGUUAUAUAUAUAGGACAUUGUGUUUUUGUUUUCCCCAUCCAGUCACUUAUUUUCGGUGGUGAAUACAUGUUGUUAGAAGAUGUCUUGUAUGGUCUGAAUCUUUGUUGUGUACUAUUUUUUAUAGUCUUAAGUUAUAAUGAAAAAAACAAAAAGUAGGAACCAAACAUAAAAGGUCUAGUAAAGCCAAAAAUUAAUUUCAUAUUGAUUUUAAAGUGAUCUAGCUGAGUUUUUACACUGAAAGCAAAGAUUAUAGCAAUUGUAGUCCAUGGUAUUUAUUUUCAGUCAAACCAAAGUUACAUAUAAUUCUGCCUCUGCCGAUACGGGAUAUUAACACUAACAAUACACUCCCUUUCAAAGACUUGCACAGGCCAAAUUGUUGGAAUGCUGGUUUUCAAGACGACUCCAAACCCCAAAACUAGGAUAAUGCGUUAUGGUGUAGUUGAAAAUAGCAUAGUCAGAUGUUUGCUUAAAACCUAGAAACUUUACGUGUUGCUUUUCUUGUGCUGUGCCAAGUCUGGAUAACACUUUUCCCCCAACCAAGGGACCUCAUAACCUGAUGAUGGUUAUUGCUUUACAAACAGUUUCGACAGAAGGUGGCUGCUAGAGCUUAACGUAUGUACCGGUUCCAUGCGAUGGAGCUGGUUCUUGCAAACUAAGCUCAUCAUUUAUUCUUUGCUGAAGUCAGCAAAUAGAGUUAGAGAGAUACCCAGUCAUCUAUCACACCAAAUAAAACGACAUAACGGCUUUCAAAAGGGUUUUCCCACUUACCCAAAAGGCUUUCUGAAAGCUUCUACCUCUGCAAAAAAAAAAAAAAAAGAAAAAAAAGAAAAAAAAAGAAAAAAAUUUAGAACAAUUAUGGCAGAUUGCAUGAAAUGUGAGAACGUCACAGUAACUGCUACUUUUCAUUCUGUUUGUCUUUGGGUCAUGAUCAGUGAAUGGGAAGUUUAUGAUAUGGUAUCAAAAGAAAGAUUGGGAUUGGGAAGGAUGGUUUUCAGUCAUCUAGGAUCCUACUGGAAGGACUAUCUGAAGGGAAAAUGGGUCUUUCAGGUGCAUGUUCAAAGGCUUUGAUGGACUGAAAGUAAUCGUGAGAGCUGUACCAUCAGGAGGGUGGCCUAAGACUACAAUGCUAAAGUAUGCAUACCUCAGUUACCAAACUUUUGAAAGGAAGUCUCAGCCACAGAAUGCAUAUACCUGUAGAGUUUUGCAUGGGUUUUAUAUGAAUACAAUUUUAAAAAAUAGCUGCUUGCACAUUAUACCAGAAAAACCUCCAAAACUGCAAUUGCUUUGAAAAUAGAUUUUAGGUUUUUUGGAGUUUUCUGAAAUGCUUGGUCUGUAUUUUGAUAAUUGUGCAUAUUAUGUAAAAAUGUUGGUGGACCCAUAAAUGACCAGACUUUUUCUAAGAAAAAUGUUGCUUUAAUGCAUUUCAUGAAUUUUUACUCUUAUAUCAUUGCUUGCUAGUAAUAGCAAAUCUGCUUUUCUGCAUCUGCUUUGCGUAGCUAUUGUAAGGCUUUGAACUAAUGUAUGUAUUUAUUGCUUGAACUUCUGUGCAUACCUUAUAAAGCAUAAUGUCUGACAAUUAAAUGGCUCAUGUAUUCUUGCUUCUAUCAUAAGCUGAUUAUGGGGACUAUGAUCUUUUGUAUACAGCAAAUUUUAACUGUAGCACAAACAUCUGUUUAUGUAUUGGUGGAAUAUACCUGUUUUAUUUAUCUUUUUUGAGGUAAACUAAUUUUUGAUACUUUUCAUUACUGUGUACUAUGUUCAUACUUUGAAUUCUCUGACGUUAGAAGUCAUGGUUGAAAAUUGUAACAGCUGUUAUUCGUUCUGUAUUCAUGGCUUUCACUGCUGAAUAAAAUAAAGGACCAAACCUAGGAUUUGAAAGAAAACUGUCUACCUCUAACACCAGGGAGUUAUCAGAUUUUAUUUUACAUAGUUUUAGUCUACAAAGACACAAUUGCUUAAACCUAGUGGGUUUAAGGCUUAUAUUCUAUGUGGUUGGAUUCAUGGCACAGUUGUACUGUUUGAAAAUCAAUUAAAAUUUCAUGUGAAUGUUACAAGUAUUUGGUAGAAUUACCACUAACUGGGUUUUGUUUAGAUAAAUCGGAUAUGGAGAAAAUGUCAUCAGCAUUCUGUGUCUACAACUGCUUAACUUCAUGAGAAUGCAUUUCUUUGUGAUUAGGGAAUCGUAGAAUAGUCAGCUAGGAAUAGAGCUACAGAAGUACACUUAAAAUAAACCAUCCUGGACUUUAACAUCCCUGGGCAGAUUCAGUCACAAAAUCCAUUAGACUACUUUGUAAAGUUUUCAAAUUGGACAUUCACAUUUGGGGGAAUUUGUGAGACUUCAUCCUACAUAUGCCAAUAUUAACAUGCAUUCGGACAAUAGCUUUAUUAAUGCCAUAAAGCUGUUGAAAGGAACAUGGCUUACCCUUGUUAUUUCACUAGUUCAGGUUGCAAUGAAAGGGAUUUUUGUCCAUGAACACUUGGCAAAUCUUACUUAGCCAAAAAAAAAAAAAAGAAAGGAUGUACAUUUUCCUAUAGAAUUAAUGUAUGAACAGUGUGUCACUGCUGUUGGAUGUAAAAAUGUAUAUGAAACCAUUUCAUUCACUUGAUUACCUUUCUGAAGUAUAAAUAAAAAAUCUAAUACUUUUGGACCCAUUUAUAACCCCUAGGAUUUUAUUCGUUCGGAGAGACCAUCUUCCCUGCCAGAGCCAAGUCAUA